AUGACUCCAAAGCCACAUGUCUUGGUACUGGGUGGUGCAGGAAUGAUUGGCCGUAACUUUGUCAAAUACCUCAUUGAUCGUGAUAUUGUCUCUUCUGUACGCGUAGCUGAUAAAACAAUGCCUGAAAUCUCGUAUUUUAGUGCUCCAUAUAAAGAGGCAUUCAAUGAUGAUCGAGUGCAUUUUGUACAAGCAGAUUUGACUCGUGAUGAUCAUGUAGAUCGUGCUUUCAAUCCGGAAUUUGGUCCCUAUAAUUUUGUAUUCAAUCUCGCAGGAGAAUCCAAAUGUGGACUCUCGGAAUCUGUCUAUGCCUCUAAAUGUCGUGAUGUUGCAGUCAAAUGUGCCAAGAAAGCACAGGAAGUGGGCGUGAAGCGUUACAUUGAAGUAUCGACGGCCUUUGUGUACAAAUCACAAGUGAAACAACCAGCGAAAGAGGACGCUGAGCUUCAACCGUGGACUCUACAGGCCAAAUAUAGACUUGAGGCCGAGGAAGAAAUUCGUCGUAUGCCGCAUCUUAAGGCCGUCUUCCUCCGCCUGGCAACGGUGUACGGCCCAGCAGAUUCGAUGGGACUUAUGCCCAGAAUCGUCUGUGCUGCCUCCUAUGUGAAGCUGGAAGAAAGGAUGAAACUGCUGUGGGACGCGGAGAUGCGUGUUAAUACGGUUCAUGUGUUUGAUGUCUGCCAAGCGUUGUGGCACGUCACAACUGCCGGUGACGAUGGAGAUAUUUACAAUGUGGUCGAUAAGAACGAUACCGACCAAGGGAAGAUAAAUGCUGUGUUGGAGGAGAUUUUUCAUAUCAAGACUGGUUUCAUCGGUAAGCUUGUGUCUAACUUGGCCCGCGUGCGACUCGCCGACGUCGUGGAUGAUGCUAACGAGAAGCACAUGCAACCUUGGGCCGAUCUGUGUGCGGAACAUGGUAUUACCAACACGCCACUGACUCCUUACAUCGACAAGGAGCUGUUGCAGCACAAUCAUCUUUACGUAGAUGGUUCCAAGAUCGAAUCCACAGGUUUUCAAUACAAAUAUCCAACGUUGAAGACAAAGGAUGUGCGUAUUGUACUGGAAGAAAUGGUCCAGCAGAAGAUUUUUCCACCCAUCUUGUCCUAG